UCAACAUUGAAGUCACGUGGUGCGGUUUGGAAGGAAGGAAGAAACCGAGUCCAACCGCUGAUCCGACAGAAGGGGAUCGCCCAGGGCAAUCGGAGAUGCGCCCAGUGCGGUAGUGCAUCAUACGGUCAAACCAGCCAUCGCCAGCCAGCUCGUGUGGAACUAGCGAACUAUCAACCGUUCGUUCCGGAUCUCGCGAUGUAACUGCAUCCUGGUGUCCCAGUGUGGCCAGUGUGUGUGGCCAGGCUCCCCCUUAUCGACCGGGAUAUCCAGGACAUCCAGCAACGGUUCCUGCCAGUUUUAGUGCCAGCAGCUUGAAGAGCAAGGGCAACGAGUACGACCGCGAAUAUGCGAAAAGCGACGGAAUCGCGCGAAAAUCUGGUAAACUCGUCCGCAUCGCUGGAGGAUGGCGUUGCGGAACCGGGCGGGGAGCAGCCCGGUGCGGCCCGGUCUUUGAAGAGUGCCACGUCCGAGUUCGAUCUGGAUAUCCAGGACAUAGUGCUGACCAAAACCGAGAAACGGUUUUUACUUAGCGCCGAGCGCGGCGAUUGUGCAACGGUGCGAAGAAUCAUCCAGGAAAACAAGGACCACCCGGAGGAGUUCGACAUCAACUGUGUGGACCCGCUGAACCGUUCCGCCCUGAUCGCUGCCAUCGAAAACGAGAACAUCGAGCUCAUCAAUCUGUUGCUGCGGGAAGGCAUCAAAGUCAAGGAUGCGCUGCUGCACGCCAUCAAGGAGGAGUACGUCGAGGCGGUCGAAACGCUGCUACUGUGGGAGGAGGAGAACCAUAUCCCGGGUGAUCCCUAUAGUUGGGAGGCCGUGGAUCGGUCGUCGUCGUCCUUCACCGCCGACAUUACGCCCCUGAUACUGGCGGCCCACAAGAAUAACUAUGAAAUCCUGAAAAUCCUGCUCGACCGCGGCGCAACGCUACCGAUGCCCCACGACGUGCGGUGCGGCUGUGACGAGUGUGUUACCUCGAGCGACCAGGACUCCCUGCGCCACUCGCAGUCACGCAUCAACGCGUACAAGGCGCUCUCGUCGAGCUCGCUGAUCGCGCUCAGCUCGAAGGACCCCAUCUCGACCGCCUUCCACCUGUCCUGGGAGCUCCGCCGGCUGAGCCGCAUGGAGACCGAGUUCCGAGCGGAGUACACGCAAAUGCGGGCCACGGUGCAGGAGUUUGCGACCGCUUUGCUCGAUCACGCCCGCACCUCGAACGAGCUCGAGAUCAUGCUCAACUACAGCCCCGGGGCAGUCGACAACUGGGAGCCGGGCGAACGGCAGACGCUCGAACGGCUGAAGCUGGCCCUCAACCACAAGCAGAAACUGUUCGUGGCGCACCCGAACGUCCAGCAGCUGCUGGCGGCGAUCUGGUACGAGGGGCUGCCGGGCUUCCGGCGCAAGAGCAUCGUCGGCCAGAUCAUGCAGGUGGCGAAACUGGGCACCAUGUUCCCGGUGUACAGUAUGAUCUACAUGAUCGCCCCGAACUCCACCAUGGGGCUGUUCAUGAAGAAACCGUUCGUCAAGUUCAUCGUCCACUCGGCCAGCUACGCCUUCUUUCUCAUGCUGCUGGGGGGCGCGUCGCAGCGCGUGGAGUACCUGGCGAUCGAAUGGUUCGGACCGGACUGGGCGCAGGACAUUCUGGCGGAGUGGAAGCGCAAGGAGCGCGGCUCGCUGCCCGGGAUGUUCGAGUGUUUGGUGAUACUCUACAUCAUAAGUUUGAUUUGGCACGAGAUGAAGUCACUCUGGAACGAUGGGCUAGUGGAGUACGUGUCCGACCUGUGGAACAUUGUGGACUUCAUCUCGAACACGUUCUACAUCGUGUGGAUGAGCCUGCGGUUCACCUCCUGGUACACGGUGUGGCGUGACGCCCGAGCGGGCCUCAAUCCGUGGUACCCGCGGGAGCAGUGGGACCCGUUCGAUCCGAUGCUCCUGUCGGAGGGUUCGUUCGCGGCCGGCAUGAUCUUCUCCUUCCUCAAGCUGGUGCACAUCUUCUCGAUCAACCCGCACCUCGGGCCACUGCAGGUGUCGCUCGGGCGCAUGAUCAUCGACAUCAUCAAGUUCUUCUUCAUCUACACGCUCGUGCUGUUCGCGUUCGGGUGCGGCCUCAACCAGCUGCUCUGGUACUACGCGGUGCUGGAGAAGAACAAGUGCUACCACCUGCCGAGCGGGCUGCCGGACUUUGACAACAACGAGAAGGCGUGCGGCAUCUGGCGGCGGUUCGCGAACCUGUUCGAAACGUCACAGUCCCUGUUCUGGGCCUCGUUCGGCCUGGUCGACCUGAUGGCGUUCGAGCUGAGUGGCAUCAAGAGCUUCACGCGCUUCUGGGCGCUGCUCAUGUUCGGGUCGUACAGUGUGAUCAACAUUAUCGUGCUGCUCAACAUGCUGAUUGCGAUGAUGAGCAACUCGUACCAGAUCAUCUCGGAACGGUCCGACUCGGAGUGGAAGUUUGCCCGGUCGCGGCUCUGGAUGAGCUACUUCGAGGACGGUGACACGCUGCCGCCCCCGUUCAAUCUGUUUCCAUCGAUCAAAAACUUCACCAAACUAUGCAAAUGCUCCGACGACAAGCGCUCCACGACGAGCAUAAUCAAGCGAAACCGAGAGAAGGCGCAACGGCGCCACGAGAACGUCAUGAAGCUGCUGGUGCGGCGCUACGUCACCGCGGAGCAGCGCAAGCGGGACGACUUCGGUAUCACCGAGGACGACGUGAUGGAGAUCCGGCAGGACAUCAGCACGCUGCGGUACGAGCUGAUCGACAUCCUGCACCAGAACGGCAUGCGGACGCCCAACCUGAAGCCGAACGACAACGCAAUCGCCGGCAAGAAGGGCCGCGUGAUGGAGCGUCGCAUACUGAAGGACUUCCAGAUCGGGUUCGUCGAGGGUAUCCUGCAGGACACGUUCAGUGCGCCGGGCGAAAAACCGGCCGAUGUGUUCAGCACCAUCGCCAAGGCGAUCGGCAACAAGGCGAGCACCAAGAAGAAGAAGCCGGAAGACUGGAAUGCCCUGGUGCGCCGCAGCACGGUGGCCCGCGACCCGAUCGGCAACUCGACCGAGGCGAUCAUGCGCCGCAGCCGCCAGAGCCUGCGGAAGCAGAUCCUCGACAACUCCGAGAUGGGCCUGGACAUGGACACGGACCACCUGGUCGCGUACAACCCGAAGCUGUCGGAGGUGACGCCGGUGACGCGCGUGGCGUACGUGAAGUUUAUGACCACGAAGCUCAAAAAGGACGUGGCGGACGUGGCGGCGGCAACGGCCGACGAGGCAGCGGAGGUGGCGGCGGCGGCGGCGACGGCGGCGGCGUUCGAGAACGAGCGGCGGCAGUCUUGGAAGCGCAGCUCCCUCAAGAAGCUGGUCGACAUGAAGGACAAGAUCAACGUAAGCGUCCGGAGCCCCUCCGGACUUCCGGCUCUAACCCAGGAGCCAGGAGACGAGGAAGCCAGGAGCGGGGCACCAGCGUCACCGGAAGAAGCGACUGCCGCAACUGCGACCAGCACCGGCGAGGAGUUGGAGACGGUCGACGAGGUCCGGACGUCGUCGUCGGAGUCGGCCCCGACGGCGGUGUCAGCGGUGGACCGGCCGAAGGUGCGCGUCCGGUCGCCCAUCAUCGAAGAUCCGAACGAGGAGCGCGAGGAUACGCCGUCGAGCUUUAGUCCACCGCCGCUGCCGCCGCCGUUGGGAGGGGACCCCAUCCCCGAGCGGCCCGUUUCACCGAUACCGCCCAACAGCCCACCACUGCCGCGGCACGCGGCGGCCGGUCCGGAAAACGGAGGCGACGAUCCGGAGCCGGAACCGGAACCGGAGCCGGAGCCCGAGGUUCCCGCGGUUCCGGAGGUCCGGGUGACCGCUACGACUACGGCUGGGGCCGAAGUGGCGUUGUCGCCGACGGGGAGUACGCGCUCGGUCAAGCCACCGUCCCCCCGUUCACCCAGUCCAGCGAAGGAGGCGAACCGGGUCAAGUCUCCCGAGCGGGCCACGCUAAGUCCCGACGCCGGUGAGCCCACGCCCGCGCCAUCGCCCACGAACCGCGGGAAGUCAAAGAGCACCGGUCGCAACCUGGGCGGCUGGCUCUAAGACCACACUCUCCGUGGACAUCCGGGACCGGGACCUGGACGGGGACCUGGACCUGGACCUGGAAUUUUCCGCCUUGUUAACGCCUUUAAUCCGCGUUCAUUCCGUAGUUCGUUUUGCUGAGCUAGAGCGUGAAGCCUCGCUGCACCCGCACCCGCACCGCACCCGCACCGCACCGUGUUGCGUUGGUGUUUUCGUCGACCGCCAAUGUACCCCCCGCUCCCGGACACCUAGUACCACCCACCAACAACGCGUGCCUCGGAAUGCUGCGUGCUUUCUGCGUCCUCUCCAGCUCUCGACGACCCCCUCGGCUCUUUUGUUAAACAAAAUCGAGCGAGCGAAGUAGAGUGAGAGCACGCGUGUGAGAGAGAGAGAGAGAGAGAGAGAAAAAAAGGAGAGAGAGAGAAAAAGGAGCGACAUAGCGUAAAGCCGCUUACCGUGCACGUUAAUUAGCAAUAAUUUGUUUGUUUUGUACAUUGA